AUGACUGAAACAGCAAAUCAGUUACUAAGUCGCGUCAUCCCGGUUUACACAUGGCAGGCACCAGGUUCAACCGCUACAACUAAACCAGCUUAUACUCGCUUUUCACGUGUCGUGAGAGAAUGGCGUUUCUUCAACCGAAGCGUCAAUGCAAACUGUCAUAUUCUGGGAAGACAAUUUCAAGUUUUUCCAACUGAUGUACAAGAUCUACGAGCAGAAUUUCAUACAAGAUGUACUGGAUUUUUGGGUGUUUCCGAUUUCAUUUUAUGCACUAAUAAUCCCACAGCGGGCAAGAUGCCUGUGGAGGUUAAAACGCGUCACAAUUUGAGGUUAGGUAAUUAUCACCUUUGGGAAAUUUAUCGACAUGUUGAUCGGGCUCAAAUAGCAGAUCAAGAUUUUAGGUUUAGAAAAAAGAUCUUAUCUCAGUCAUUUGGCGAAAUGGCUUGCAAUAGUCUUCAUUUCGGCAUUUUGACAAACUAUUCUGAUACAUACUUUCUCAAACGACUGAAAAAUGAACCAGAUAACCUAUAUGUUUCUCGUGUUGUUCAUCCUGAUAGUACCAAUCCGACUUUACGCGAUUCAAAGAAAAGGAAGAGUUCUUCGAAGCAGAUCAGUAGCAGAAAGGGAGUAACUGCAUCAUCUUCCAAAGGAAUCACUACAAUAGGUGAAUACAUAGGUGGCGGAACCUUUGGAAAGGUUUUUUCUGGCUAUUAUGAUGGUCAACUCGUGGUAUGGAAGUCUUGUGAUGCGUAUAAGGAGCAAGAAGUGACGGAAAUGCUAAAACAUGAAGCUCAUAUUUACUCUAUUUUAAAAGAAUGCCAAGGUCGUGCUGUUCCACGUUUGUUCUAUAAAGGUUACAUUUAUGACGGAUAUCUUUUUGCAUUAGUAUUGCAAUUAAUUGAGGGUGCCCAUCACGUUGUUCCGGAAAAACUCACUAUAGAGGAAAAAAAAUUAAUAAUCAAUCAGCUCAAGUCAAUACAUAAUUGUGGCAUCCUACACAAUGAUAUCUCAAAGCAAAAUAUUCUAUAUGAACCAAAGAGUUGCCAUUACUUUUUUAUUGAUUUUGGCUUGAGUGAGAUCGUGGAUAAUGAGUCGCCGAAAUUGCGCAAGGAAGAAAGAAGAUUAAAAAGAUUUUUACAACUUUAA